AUGUCGGAUAUGAAUGCGUCAGUCACGGAGAAUGCCAAUGGCUUCCAGGUCUGUGGCUACGAAAAGAUUGAGUAUGAUUUUGAGUUUCUUGACGGUGUUUUCGACACGGCAAACGGUAAUCUUGCAAACUGCUACCGGGUUUGGAAUCGAUGCCUCGCCGUUAUGGACCACAACAUUCACACAUUGUAUGGCGAACGCAUCGAAGGCUACUUUGCCCACCACGGUCUCGAGCUUAGGAUUCACAAGACUAUGAUUGGCGAGAAGGCCAAGAAUAUGGAGACUCUUCUUGCCAUCGUGGACACCAUGACCGACUUCGGGAUCUACAGAAAGGAACCUGUACUGGUCGUCGGAGGUGGCCUCGUGACUGAUGUGGCUGGCUUUGCAUGCGCAGCAUACCGAAGAAACACAAACUACAUUCGCAUUCCUACCACUGUCAUUGGCCUCAUUGAUGCUUCCGUCAGCAUUAAAGUAGCUGUCAAUUACGGACAAUACAAGAACAGGUUGGGAGCAUACCACGCUCCCAUGCACACGUUCCUCGACUUUACUUUCCUCCGCACGUUGCCUAUCUCACAGAUUCGCAAUGGAUUUGCCGAGCUGAUUAAGAUCUCAUCUUGUGCUCACAAGGAUACGUAUGACUUGCUAGAGAAGCAUUGUGAAGAUCUCAUCAACACAGGCUUUGGACGAGCAGAUGGCGCCUCGAAAGAGCUCAUUGCCACCGCCGAUAAGAUCUGUCGUGCUGGCAUAUUCGAAAUGUUGAAACUUGAGUCCCCCAACCUUCACGAGAUUAUGCUCGACCGAGUUAUUGCAUAUGGUCACACUUGGUCCCCGUUGCACGAGCUUGUACCCGAGCCGCCUCUACGCCAUGGCCACGCCAUCUCCAUCGAUAUGGCCUACUCGGCAACUCUUUCUCGUUUACGAGGGCUUAUCACUGCCGAGGAGCAUAUGAGACUGCUGAUGCUCUUCUCUCGAGCGGGGCUGUCAAUGGAUCAUCCUCAGUUUGACACCGCCGUACUCGAAAAAGCUACAGCUGCCAUCCUCAAGACCCGAGAUGGCAAGCUUCGCGCCGCUGUACCUGUUACCCCCAUGGGAACCUGCGUCUUCCUCAACGAUGUUUCGAAGGAAGAACUGGCAGCUGCACUUGAAAGUCACAAGGCCUUGAUGAAUAAGUUUGCCCGGCGAGGUGCGGGUAUUGACGCUUUCGUGGACGCCAGUGACACCGGAUAUACUGUUCAAGGAGAGACGACAACGUUGUCGAAUGGCCGUGCGCCUGCUGCUGUCGACUUUGUGGCAGAUGAACAAAAGUUGAAUGGCAAUGGCAAUCUGUCAUCUGAUGGAUUCAAGUCAGGUUCUAACCAUGGAACAGCUAUGGACGGCUUGAUUGAUCAGAGACAGGCAAUCAAGGUCGUAGAUGGUGGCUCUUCUUGA